AUGCCCCUGUCGAGAUUUGCUGCCGAAGCAUUCGGUGUGGUGACAAUUUGUCUAGUAGCCAUCUUGAUUCUUCUUGGGUUGAUAUGCAUUGCUUACUCUUUCUACUUCCGCUCUCGUAUUAAUAAUCAAGGUGAGAUUAUUCGGUUAACUUUGUUAAGACGUGCCCUGCACUUAAAAUGGAAGGAAACUGUUUGCAAAUGUUACAUUGUAUCGAGCAUGGGAUUUGCAGAACCGUGCCUCUUCCUCACACUUGUGUUUCUCCUCCGUGCACCCUUGCAGAGGUUGGAAACUGGAAUUAUGAGCCGAAAAUGGAAUGUGAAGACAUCUGGGUACAUUAUUCUUUACUGCCUUCCAAUGUUUCUUCUCCAGCUUUUUGUUAUUUGGGUCGGCCCUCAGUUAGACAAGAAUAAGGGUAUUAUGAAAAAAUUGCCUCGUUAUUUUACAAGUACAGUUGGCUCCUCUUCAGUGGCAGGGGGGAAUGAUGAUAUUGCACUCUGUACUUACCCUUUACUUAGUACUGUUCUCCUUGGUCUCUUUGCCGUUAUACUGACUUCCUACCUUUUUUGGCUUGGUAGUCGGAUUUUGAAAUUAGUCAUCAACAAAGCCUUAGUUUUCUUGGCUUUUCUUGCACUUGUAUGUUGUUCUGGGUUGUGCAUGUGCACACUUGUGUACCGUCCAAUUGCCGAUUCUUUAGCACUGGGAAAUCUUCAAGACUUGGAGGCUAGGACUAGGAGGUUUAAUGAUGAACACAAUGAUACUGCAUCCCUUAUUGCUAACCAGAGUCGUCCUGAAGAUAAUGUUGAGGAAAAUGCUCGGCCUAGUCCUGGUAGGUAUUCUGAUGAAUCAACAAAGCGAGGAUCAAUUUCAUUUCGGACAAUGGAAAAGGGUGUCUGUUCAACUGGAACAUUUGUAGAACUUAGCCUAUUCUCUCCCAGCCGCAGUUUAACACCUCCUGGAUCUCCGUCUCUUCCAGGUUGGCCCAUGCAAUCUCCAACCCAAGUUAUUGGACCAUAG